CGGCUAAAUGCCGUCUCACAUUCGCACAAUCAGCCACCGGCGUUAAAUUUGGUCGGCGAAGGUUUUUCAGUAGAAUUUUACGACAUAAAAUUCUUGUUUUCAUUAAACGCUAAUAAUCAAAAAUUAUUCGAAAAAUAAUGCAACAACAGUUUAAAAAAUUGCAAAGUGCCUAUAUUGUUUACAUAAAAGAGUGACUUAACAUUUGUAAUGUCUAUGAAUAAUAUGACGAAAGACUAUGAUUACUUGCUUAAAGUAUUAUUAGUAGGAGAUAGUGAUGUUGGAAAACAUGAAAUUUUGUCGGGAUUGGAAGAUGCAUCAUCAGAGAGCCCGUUUUGCAGUGGAAAUGCAUACAAAACAACAACAAUUCUUCUGGAAGGAAAAAGAGUAAAACUUCAGUUAUGGGAUACAUCUGGCCAGGGGCGAUUUUGUACUAUAAUUCGGUCUUACUCCAGAGGCGCACAAGGAAUAAUAUUAGUUUACGACAUAACUAACAAGUGGAGUUUUGAUGGAAUUGAUAGAUGGCUGAAGGAAGUAGAAGAGCAUGCUCCUGGUAUUCCAAAAGUUCUUGUAGGAAAUAGACUUCAUUUGGCAUUCAAAAGGCAGGUUGCAGCGAAACAAGCAGAACUUUAUGCAUCUCGAAAUAAUAUGUCUUGCUUCGAAAUAUCUCCUCUUUGCGAUUUUAAUAUAAGGGAAUCAUUUUGUGAAUUGGCACGAAUGGCUCUCCAUAGAAACGGAAUGGAGAGGAUAUGGAGGAAUAAUAAGGUGUUGUCUUUACAAGAAUUAUGUUGCCGUACAAUUGUCAGACGUACCAGCGUAUAUGCAAUAGAUUCCUUACCUCUGCCUCCAUCUGUCAAAUCAACACUAAAAUCAUAUGCUCUGACUACUUCCCAGUGUUUUAAUACGUUAAGUAAUAAUUCGAAAAGUAAAAACCGAUGUAAAACACCAACGAGUAGUGGACGAAACAGCUGUUGCAUUACGUGAUUGUUUCAUACGUUUAAAUUACUUGCAUUAC